GGAUCCACGUCUCCGUAAAAAGAAAAUAAAAAGAAAAAACGCGCUGGCGUGCACGUGUGGAGAGCGCGUACCCGCGUAGCGUAGCCUUGCCUUGCUUCCUUCCUUCCUCCGCCUCCCCCAAAUCCAUUCCCCUCCCUUUCCCGACGGAGGUGAGAGAUGGAGAGUAUUUCCACGCCGCCGCAGCCAUGAAUUCGACCAAGCGAGCUGUCCCCCAAGGUUCCCCGCGACGAAGCCCCAGGGCCAUGGAGGCCGACGACGACGAGGAGGAGUAUGAAAGCGUGAAGGUGGUGAGUGAUGAUAAGGGUUUGGAAAGUAAGUUAGAUGAAGAAUUCGACUCGUUGGAGUAUGAAAACACAGCAGAAGCUGCCAAGAAACUUGUUGAUACGGUGAAAAUCCUGUGGUCUACAGUGGAACCCCAUUUGCUGAAGAUGCUAGCAUGCUUAUCUGUUGCAGCCCUUGUGACUGUUAUGAUCAAGUAUUCCCAAAGGUCUCGUAAGGUCAAGGUGCCCGUGUCACAACGUAUGCCUUCAGUUCCACCCAGGCGAGUGCCAGUAUUAGCUCCACAUAAUACUGUGCCACUGCCGGUGUUCCAUUCAGAGCAACCUGUGCAACGGAUUGUGCCCAAACAAGAGUCAUAUGCCUGCUUGGAGCUUCCUGUGCAAUCCUUGUUGUCAGAGUCAGAUCAAUCUGUGUGCCUCAAUGUUCCAUCAAUUGGUCAUAGGGAUCGUGAUCAGAAAGGUCAGCAAGAGGAUGUUUGUGCCUCAAUGUUCCAUCAAUUGGUCAUAGGGAUCGUGAUCAGAAAGUUCAGCAAGAGGAUGGUGGCGUUGAAAGGGCUUCAGAUGGCAGUACUGUGGAUCAUAAAGAUACUGACAGAUCAAAGCCACCGGUGGUUCAGUUGCUCGGAGACUUCUCAUUUGUCGAUGCAGAUAGCUCAAGACGGAGGUCUGUCAAAGACUCAAUUCAGCAUGGUGGAGACGUCACGGUUCAGGAAUCCAUGUCUUCGAGGAAGCGUGUGGUCAAGACGCAAAAGGAUUCUGACAAAAUGCAAACCCCUGGUCUUCAAGCAGAGCAAGAAAGAAGGAGACUGCAAGAGCAGAAGAAGAGAAGGUGGGUGCUACACCGACUCCACCGAGGCGUUCAAAUCGUCUCCGUAAACUGGCUUCUCCUUGAGCCAAGACAGACACGGUGCAUUUUAAGUUGAUGUCGGACGCUGAUUCGUCAUGUGGUGCUGGGAGCUGUGGGAGACAUCGCCUAGUUGUAACCCAACGAUGCUAAGAUUUGGUGCUGUAGCUGUAACAGGUUAACUAGUGUAGAAGAAGGCUUGCAGUGUGUUUGGUUUCCCAGAAAACCUGUAUAAUCUGCAUUUGACAUUAUUGUACUGUACUCUUUACCUGCCCCUGAAGGUGAAGCAGAGAUUGCUGGUUUGUAUUGAGCACGUUUA